AUGGUUUGCUACAAGAAACUGUUUAUGUUACUAUCUUUUGCUGUUGUUACCCAUGCAGCCUAUAUUCUUUUUCACAAAAAGAAGAAGAAAAACAAUAAACCCGAUAUUCAAGAAGUUAUUAUGUUUAGUUAUGGAGAUGAGGAGAUUAAAAAGAGUAAAUAUACUCGCUGUAUGAUUACAAAAAGCAUGGAGCGAUUAUUAUACUAUUUAAGUCAGCCUAAACAUAAUUUAGAUAUUUGUAUGUAUGUGCUAACUAACUUGGACGUUACGAACACAUUAUUAAAGCUACACUAUCGCGGUGUAAAAAUUAGAAUAAUUGUCGAUGCUGACAUGGCAUUUAGCACCGGAUCAGGUAUUAAAAGGUUAGCGAAGCAAGGAAUACCGGUACGAUGGAUGAAAUCUACAAAUUUAAUGCACCAUAAGUUCUGUUUAGCUGAUACAUUGAGUGACAACAAUUGUGUAACUCCAUUCAUAAUGACUGGCUCACUUAACUGGACAAAUCAAGCAUUAUAUGGGAAUUAUGAAAAUUAUUUAGUGACUACUCAAGAAGAAGUAGUUCAGCAAUAUAAGGCUGAAUUUGAAAGACUUUGGAUUCUCUUCAAGCCAAUUGUAGACUAA